AUCUGCCUUUAUUAUAGUGGGAAGACAAAAUGUCAGUAGGAAUAUAAGAAGACAAUGGCUUUCAUGGGAUGAAGGCCUGGUAUUUUCUCUGAUGUGUGGAGUGGACAGAGCAGAUGGAUGUGGAGGGUGGGGAGUAUGACAGACUAAGAAUCUUAGGAGUGAAGCUGAUCUUGGGCUGUAUUGUCCCCAUUAUGACAGGAUAUGAACUUUGAGGAUGUGGCCAUUGUCUUCUCUCAGGAGGAGUGGGGGCUCCUUGAUGAGGCUCAGAGACUUCUGUACUAUGAUGUGAUGCUGGAAGUGUUUGCACUUGUGUCAUCUGUAGGUUGUUGGCACAACAUGGGUGAUAAGGAGGCCUGUUCUGGUCAAAGUGUAUCUAUACAAGGAGAGUCACAGGUCAGGGCUUCUAAGACAGCUCCAGCCACCCAGAAGACCCUUCUGUGUAAGCGGUGUUUCUCUGUGUUACAACAUAUUUUGCACCUGACUGAGUCAGAUGUAGCAUAUUUUAAGCAGAAAGCAUUCUGUAGUGAUGCACGUGUUGGAGACAUCUGUUUCAGUGCAAACCCUCACCAGCAACGGAGGAAUGAAUGUGGAGAGGGGCCCUGGAAACAAGCUAUGGACAGGGCCUCCUUUGUGAAUAGGUGCAGCUUCUACUUACCUUCGGUGCCUUCAACCAGCAGGAAGGUUGGAGAAGACUUUCAACACAACUCAGAGAUUCCCCAGCACCAGGCCACUCUCAACCCUUAUGAACUACACUGUGGCAGUGGGAUUUCCCAGGAAUUUCUUGAUGUAAAAAGUCUUCAUCAAGGGCGUGAAUGUGAAAACGCUGGCAGCAACGACCUGAAAGUUGUUCAGAUUCAGGGUGUCUGUUCUGGAGAACUGCUUUAUGAGUGUAACAAAUGUAGGAAAGUUUUUAGACUAAUCUUUAACCUCAUUGGACAUAAGAGAGUUCACACUGGAGAAAAGCUGUAUGAGUGUAGAGAAUGUGGGAUGUCCUUUAGUCAAAGGAGUCACCUCACUGGACACCCCAGAGUUCACACUGGAGAGAAGCCAUAUGAGUGUACUGAAUGUGGGAAGUCUUUUAGCCAAGUCUUACCUUGA